AUGGCGUCUACAGAACAAACUCUUGUCUUUAUCACCUAUUUCAUAAAUGUCUAUAUUGGUUACUUUAUUGUCAUUACUGGUUUGAUUGGAAAUAUUAUCAAUAUUAUUCUUUUUACUCAAUUAAAACUAUUUCGACGAAAUCAAUCAGCAUUUUAUCUGAUAGUUGCAUCAAUUGUUGAUUGUUUUCAAUUAAUUUUUUCAGCUGCUACUCGUGCUACUGUAGUUGCUUUUGGCUUUGAUCCAACACGAACAUCUAUUGUUUGGUGUAAACUCCGAAUUUAUUUUCUUCAAUUCGGAAGCAUUACUUCGUCAGGAACUGUUUGUUUUGCUGCUAUUGAUCAAUAUUUAUCUACACAUUAUCAUCAUCGAUUGAGGCAAAUGAGCACCUUCAAACUAGCUCAGUAUCUUGUUGGUAUUCUUAUUGUAUUCGUAGCUUUAUACAGUAUUUUAUUUCCAGUUUUUUUUGAAAUUCAUGGAAACGCUGGUUGUACCACAGUCAAUCCAAUAUUCAACUAUUAUUAUUCUUUUGUUCAUUUUUGUAUACUUAUUAGUAUUCUACCAAUUGUUAUUUCAUCAUUAUUUAGUUUGCUGGCUUAUCAAAAUGUUCGUCGUAUAGUACGACGUCAAGUAGCAAUAAUUCGACGACGUCUUGAUCGACAAUUAACUGCAAUGAUUCUAGUACGUGUUAUCUUAUUGGUUAUAACAGUAUUACCAUUUGUGAGUCUUCGAGUGUAUCAAAUCAAUAAUCCAAUGAAUCAGAAUGAUACAUUUGCCGUAACCGUUGAUCAGUUAAUCAGAAUCGUUAUCACUACAGUUUAUAAUACCAACUAUUCGGGUACUUUUUAUGUUUUUUUGGUAGCAUCAAUUCGAUUUCGUCGACAAGUAAAACAUUUAUUUUUGAAGAAAACUUGGCGAAAAUGUCUAUCAAUGAUGGCGAAUAGAAAUCAAGUUGCACCGGAAAAUCAAUUGGCGACAAUAGAAUCACAUGGAUCAGACGGAGACAUUGACAGUUGA